CGGGCUCGGGCCUGGCGACAGCGGCGACACCGCGGAGCCCCGAGCGAGAUGGCCGAGUCCCCGCCGCCCGGCGCGGCUGCCCAAAGUUGCGGCGAGGACCCGGAGAGGGGCGGGGAGCGGAGACCCCAGGAGCCGGAGGAGCCGCGCGGUGCUGCCGCCCGCGGCACGGACCGGGAGGACGAGGAGGGGCCCGAGGAGCCGGACUCGCCGGUGGCCGCCCCCUUCUUCCUGCUGUACCCGGGCGAUGGAGGCGCGGGCUUCGCAGCGCGUCCGCCGCCGCAGCGCGCCUGGAGGACCCCGCCGUCGCCCGGCUCCCCGCUGCCCUUCCUGCUGCUGAGCUACCCGAGCGGCGGCAGCGGCGGCAAGCACCACUCUUGGGAGGAUUUGACAGAUUUGGUGGAGCAAGUGCGUGAUGAUACAGAAGAUCCUAAUUAUCUCAUGGCUAACGAACGAAUGAACCUGAUGAACAUGGCAAAGCUGAGCAUCAAGGGCCUCAUCGAAUCGGCCCUGAACCUGGGGCGGACCCUGGACUCUGACUACGCACCCCUCCAGCAGUUCUUUGUGGUGAUGGAGCACUGUCUGAAACACGGCUUAAAAGCCAAGAAAACUUUCCUUGGACAAAACAAAUCCUUCUGGGGGCCACUAGAGCUGGUGGAAAAGCUCGUUCCAGAAGCUGCAGAGAUAACAGCAAGUGUUAAAGAUCUCCCAGGACUUAAGACACCAGUUGGCAGAGGAAGAGCCUGGCUUCGUUUGGCAUUGAUGCAGAAGAAGCUUUCCGAGUAUAUGAAAGCCUUGAUCAACAAGAAAGAACUUCUCAGUGAGUUCUAUGAAGCCAAUGCCCUCAUGAUGGAAGAAGAAGGAGCUAUUAUUGCUGGUCUUCUGGUGGGCCUGAAUGUCAUCGAUGCCAACUUCUGCAUGAAAGGAGAAGACCUGGACUCUCAGGUUGGAGUUAUAGAUUUUUCAAUGUAUCUCAAAGAUGGAAACAGCAGUAAAGGUAGUGAAGGAGAUGGUCAGAUUACUGCAAUUCUAGACCAGAAGAACUAUGUAGAAGAACUCAACAGACAUCUGAAUGCUACUGUAAACAACCUUCAGGCAAAAGUAGAUGCAUUAGAAAAAUCCAACACUAAACUGACAGAAGAGCUUGCUGUCGCCAACAACAGAAUCAUUACCUUACAAGAAGAAAUGGAACGAGUAAAAGAAGAAAGCUCCUAUCUACUGGAAUCCAGUCGGAAGGGUCCUAAGCAAGACAGAACUGCAGAAGGGCAAGCACUGAGUGAAGCAAGAAAGCAUCUAAAGGAGGAGACACAGUUACGAUUGGAUGUUGAGAAAGAACUGGAGCUCCAGAUCAGCAUGAGGCAGGAGAUGGAACUGGCUAUGAAGAUGCUGGAGAAGGAUGUCUGUGAGAAGCAGGGCGCCCUGGUGUCUCUGCGGCAGCAACUGGAUGACCUCAGGGCUCUCAAGCAUGAGCUUGCCUUUAAGCUGCAGAGCUCAGACCUAGGAGUCAAACAAAAAAGUGAAUUAAACAGUCGCUUAGAAGAGAAGACUAAUCAGAUGGCCGCCACCAUUAAACAAUUGGAGCAAAGAUUGCGCCAGGCUGAGCAGGGCCGCCAGUCUGCUGAGUUGGACAACCGGCUCUUCAAACAGGACUUUGGAGACAAGAUCAACAGUCUGCAGCUAGAAGUGGAGGCGCUCACCAGGCAACGGACUCAGCUUGAGUUGGAAUUGAAGCAAGAAAAGGAGAGAAGGUCACAAAACAGGGGCACCAUAGGGAAAGGGACCCAGAAGCUGGAACCCCGCAUGGAUGGGAAGCACAGAACUCAAGAGGAAAACAUUAAACUACAGAAGCCGCUGGAAGAAAGCCACAGGCUGCUGACUCACUCUGCAAAUGAACUGGGUCAGCCCGAACUCUCUGAAAAGCCACAAGUGUGUCAGCUAUGCCAGAGAGAUGACAGCCUGACAAAGAGCAAGUGUACAAACUGCAGAGGAACCUUCUGUGAAGCCUGCACUACAAAUGAACUGCCUCUUCCUUCAAGCAUCAAGCCUGAACGAGUGUGUAACCCUUGUCACAAGCAACUGAUGAAGCAGUACUCCACCAGCCCAUCCUAAAACUGGAAGCCAAGACCCAGGCCAGAGUGUUAAUGCUGAGCCUCUCCCUUCACCUGUUAGAUACAAGAUCCCCUGGGAGCCCGUCAGCAGAAGCAACCAUAGCUGGUAGGACAGAUAGAAGUUAAGCCAGGUCUGUGGGGGAGGCAGUGAUUGGGCCUUUGCUCAUCUCCUCUAAUGAGUGUACAAAUAAAAGCUGCUGAGCCUUUCUCUUCCACACCUAAACAAGCCCACUCUGGAGGGUUUCAAUGCACAUCUCUGGGCUUUCGUAUUUGCAUGAAGUAAUAAAGCUGGGCUGCAGCUGCAUACCUAGCACUGCCUAGCAA